CGCCCGCGCGCCCGCGGCCGGGUUGCAGGGCUGGGCGCGCGCCCCGCGUCCCGGGCAGGAAAAUGGUGGCGAGCGCGCGGGUGCAGAAGCUGGUGCGGCGCUACAAGCUGGCGAUCGCCACCGCGCUGGCCAUCCUGCUGCUGCAGGGCCUGGUGGUGUGGAGCUUCAGUGGCCUGGAGGAGGACGAGUCGGGCGAGAAAGGAAGACAGAGGAAGCCGCGGCCACUGGACCCUGGUGAAGGCUCCAAGGACACAGACAGCUCGGCCGGGCGGCGAGGCAGCACGGGCAGAAGGCAUGGGCGCUGGCGGGGCCGAGCGGAGAGCCUGGGCGUGCCUGUGGCCAAGGUGGUCCGGACAGUCACCAGCCGGCACCGAGCCAGCCGCCGGGUCCCGCCAGCCCCAACCCCGGAGCCCCCAGGCCGCCAGAACCUGAGCGGGGCAGCAGCUGGGGAGGCACUGGUGGGGGCCGCCGGCUUCCCGCCACAUGGGGAUACGGGGAGCGUGGAGGGCGCCCCCCAGCCCACGGACAAUGGCUUCACCCCAAAGUGUGAGAUCGUAGGCAAGGACGCGCUGUCUGCGCUGGCCCGAGCCAGCACCAAGCAGUGCCAGCAGGAGAUCGCCAACGUGGUGUGCCUGCACCAGGCUGGGAGCCUCAUGCCCGAGACUGUGCCCCGGCACUGCCAGCUGGCAGGCAAGAUGAGUCCUGGCAUCCAGUGGGAGGAGAUCCGGGCGCAGCCACCCAUGGACGGCCCCCCGGUGCGCAUCGCCUACAUGCUAGUGGUGCAUGGCCGCGCUGUCCGCCAGCUGAAGCGCCUCCUGAAGGCCGUGUACCAUGAGCGGCACUUCUUUUACAUCCACGUGGACCAGCGCUCCAACUACCUGCACCGUGAGGUGAUGGCACUGGCGCAGCAGUAUGAGAAUGUGCGCGUGACGCCCUGGCGCAUGGUCACCAUCUGGGGUGGCGCCAGCCUCUUGAGGAUGUACCUGCGCAGCAUGCGGGACCUGCUGGAGGUCCCUGGCUGGACCUGGGACUUCUUCAUCAACCUCAGCGCCACCGACUACCCAACCAGGACCAAUGAAGAGCUAGUGGCAUUCUUAUCCAAAAACCGGGACAAGAACUUCCUCAAGUCACAUGGCCGGGACAACUCCAGGUUCAUCAAGAAGCAGGGUCUGGACCGUCUUUUCCAUGAGUGUGACUCGCACAUGUGGCGCCUGGGCGAGCGGCAGAUCCCAGUGGGCAUCGUGGUGGACGGCGGCUCCGACUGGUUCGUGCUGACACGUAGCUUCGUGGAGUAUGUGGUGUACACGGACGACCCACUGGUGGCCCAGCUCCGCCAGUUCUACACAUACACACUGCUCCCAGCCGAGUCCUUCUUCCACACGGUGCUGGAGAACAGCCCUGCCUGCGAGAGCCUGGUGGACAACAACCUGCGGGUCACCAACUGGAACCGCAAGCUGGGCUGCAAGUGCCAGUACAAGCACAUCGUGGACUGGUGCGGCUGCUCCCCCAACGACUUCAAGCCCCAGGACUUCCUGCGGCUGCAGCAGGUCUCCAGGCCCACCUUCUUCGCCCGGAAGUUUGAGUCCACCGUGAACCAGGAGGUUCUGGAGAUCUUGGACUUCCACCUGUAUGGCAGCUACCCCUCGGGCACGCCAGCCCUCAAGGCCUACUGGGAGAACACCUACCAUGUGGCCGAUGGCCCGGGUGGGCUCAGUGACAUCCUGCUCACCGCCUACACCGCUUUCGCCCGCCUUGGCCUGCGCCACGCCGCCACUGCCGCACCCCCACCGGCCGCCCCGCUCUGCAGGUUUGAGCCCAGGGGUUUGCCGUCCAGCGUGCACCUGUAUUUCUAUGACGACCAUUUCCAGGGCUACCUGGUGACGCAGGCGGUGCAGCCCUCAGCCCAGGGGCCGGCAGAGACGCUUGAGAUGUGGCUGAUGCCCCAGGGGUCGCUGAAGCUGUUGGGGCGCAGUGACCAGGCCAGCAGGCUCCAGAGUGUAGAGGUUGGCACUGAGUGGGACCCCAAAGAGCGUCUCUUCCGGAACUUUGGGGGGCUGCUGGGACCGCUGGACGAGCCUGUGGCCAUGCAGCGCUGGGCCCGGGGCCCCAACCUCACAGCCACUGUGGUCUGGAUUGACCCAGCUUAUGUGGUGGCCACAUCGUAUGAUAUCACCGUGGACUCGGAGACUGAGGUCACCCAGUAUAAGCCCCCGCUCAGCCGGCCCCUGCGGCCGGGAGCCUGGACCGUACGGCUGCUGCAGUUCUGGGAGCCCCUGGGUGAGACCCGCUUCCUCGUGCUGCCCUUGACCUUCAACCGCAAACUACCUCUCAGGAAAGACGAUGCCAGCUGGCUGCACGCAGGCCCGCCCCACAAUGAGUACACGGAGCAGAGCUUCCAAGGCCUGAGCGGCAUCCUGAACCUGCCCCAGCCAGAGCCUGCAGAGGAGGCCACCCGGAGGCGUGCAGAACUCACAGGGCCUGCGCUGGAGGCCUGGACAGAUGGGGAACUGAGCAGCUUCUGGUCUGUGGCCGGACUGUGUGCCAUGGGCCCCUCAGCCUGCCCCUCCCUGGAACCCUGCAGACUGACCAGCUGGAGCUCCCUGUCCCCCGACCCCAAGUCAGAGCUGGGGCCUGUCAAAGCAGACGGGCGACUCAGGUAGCAGGGCCCCAGCCAGCGUGCCCGGAGGACCGGGAAUUGCACCUUACGGAUGAUGGAGCAUGUCCCGCCCACCGGUGAGGCCAGGAGGCCCAGGCAGUCCCCAAUUUCAGUCACCAAGAGCCCGGAGACACAGUGAAGUCGGCUCUGCUAGGGACUGGAGGGGCGGGACCAGAGAAGGGCUCCAGCAUUCCCGCCUGGCUCUGCCUCCCCCACCUCUAGUUUGUACUUUUUAAAAUAUAAAAUGGGUGGUGGGGGAGGAAGUAGAAACAAGAGAUGUGCAAUAGGGCUGGCAGCAGCCCCAGGAAGUGGGCCAUGUUGUGGUGAGCGAGCAGGGCCUGCUGAGCCCUGUGCCUCGCUCUCCCGGGCUGUGGUGCUCACAGCUGAGGCUCUGAGGCCAGCAGAACAGGUGAUGUGGGCCACUGUGGAGCUGGGCCCCGGGACAGCCUCUCCCCGGUAGCCAGGGGAGCCUAGAGCAGGGGUGGGGCUGGCUCUGGGGCCUCCCACACACCCUGCCUGCAAUGGCAAGACAGGGCCCCAUGCACUCACUCCGGUGCAGGGGCAACCUCAGUAGUGGCCUGGCUGAGGACCGCCAGGCGCUCAGAAGAACCCAGAGCUGACUGUGCCUGAAGCUGUGUGAAGUCUGAAAUAUGCAACAGAAGAAAUAUAGCUCUAUCUCUCUAUGCCA